GCCUCGAAGCCCUCCACGCCAUGACCAAGGGCAAGAACCACGAACUGCGCGUCAACAUAACCGACUGGAAUGACAGCGAGACCUGGGCCGAGUGGAAGGAGUUCAGCGUGGCGGGUGAGGACAAGUACUACCGUCUGAAGGUGAGUCGCUACACCAGCAGUUCCCAGGCAGGAGACGCCCUCAAGUGGCACAACGGGAUGAGGUUCUCCACACCCGACCGUGACAAUGAUGCUCUUCUGGGUGGCCACUGUGCUAAAAAGAACAGCGGUGGCUGGUGGUACCGAGGCCACCGGGGCUGCUACCAGGCCCACCCUACAGGCAGGUAUCAGCACAGCCCAGGCAACCCCCCACCCCCCACGGCCAAUUCCCGCAACUUCGACAUGGGUCCUGUGCUUGUGUGGCAAAACUGGCGCGGCGAGAGCUACUACCCCAAGUCUCUCUUCCUUAUGUUCCGACCGGCUAUUAACUAAAUGACGAAGGGGAUCCCCCUCCAUUUUUUUUUUGUUUUUGUUUUGGUCUCGCUUCACUAUGGGUACCAAUAUGCUGGUGGUCGGAUUUAUUAUUCUUUCCAGGUUGGAAAAAAGGGGGUGAAAGAAUUUAGAGAGGAAAAGCAACGAUGUUUUGUCUAAAUCCAUGCUGAAGGUAAGAUAGGUGGAGCAGCAUAAUACUUCCAAGUGAAAAUGGUUUGCCAAAAUAAGUAUAAGAACUUUUUUUCUUUCUCUUUAACCUGUUUUAUGAUCAAAGUAAAAACCUAACAACCAUUGUCUUUUUCCUUCUGUAGUCUAGUAGAAAAAUGUAUUCUGGGAUCAAUGUCUUAAUGGAAUGGUUGUAUUUCUAUAGUAAUUUAUUCUGGGUGUUGCAAAGUAAACCUUUCAAAUCACCCAAAAAUUAUAAGGACACAGCAAAGGAAAUCUAAAUGAUGUUAAAUAAAAAAGAGACAGACAAGUGAAUUAAUACAAUGAUUCUGACAAAGUAAAUAUAAGUUAUUAUAUGGUAGAGGUUUCCAGUAUUUUUCUUAAUGCAUCAGAGGAGGAUAUUUUUAUGCAUUUUACAGUCCAAAAAAAUGGCAUUUUACUGUAGGUACUUAACUCCCUACCAAUGUCUUCUAUGAGCAUAUAUAUUUUUUUUCAAUCAGUUUCGUUCAUUAUACAAUUAUUAUCAUUAGACUUACCCCAAAGACAUCGGGGAUAAAAAAAUUUAUGUGAAAAAAGGCAUUCAGAGAAAGUAAAGUUAACAAGUAUAGUUGUGAAAAAGUUUAUAUAAAUAUAUGUAGGAUAAAAUCAAACAAAUUAAUCCAAAUUUUUUGCCAUUCAGAUACAAGUCACCUUUUUGCAAUACUUAACCACCUUUGGGUGAGGGUAUUCAGUGUAAUAAAAAAAUAUAUAUAUAUACCCAUUUGUCGAAAAGAUGAACGAACACCUCACACCAUAUGGCUGGUCACGGUUAUUCUCUAUUGCCGCGUAACUGUUGUGUUAGAAUUUCCGUAGGUCUUAGCUCCAUAGGCUCUUCCAAAUAAUUCUCCUUGGAUUCAUCUUAAAAAAAGCCUCCCCCCCCAUCUCAGCUAAAAAUGACAAAGACAACCAAAAAUACAGUCUAAAGGAAGCAACAUCGUCCUCCCCAAACUCAUAGAUCCAAUCUUUUCUCUCCGAUAGCAACAUCGUAAAAGAUAUAAAAAAGGGAAUGGUUUGCUUUCUGAAAACCUUUUUCUGAAACACUUUAGGAUUACAAUGAACAAGGACAGGGUUUAUAAAAAAGAGUAAUCUAGAAUUGUAAUGUAACGGAACCCUGUUUGACCUUCAGUGUGCUGGCUUAGCUGCUUCUUUGUGCAAUGGUAUGAGUUCUUGUUUCAGUGUGAUUUUGGUCAAAAUUUUGGUCUUUAAAGGAAAAACUAUACAUAUUGAUGUUCUGUCAACGACAUACUGACAUCUCUAGGGGCUGUGGAUGGGUUUGGAUGUCCAUUCUCUAAGAUUGUAUAAAAAUGCAAGUCUUUUAUUUGAAUUGUGUCAUUUUAUUGCAUUAUGGGAAAGAAGGCUAUAGUAUAUACAAAUGAUUUUACUUAAUAAGAAGACAAAGCGAGAGAGAAAAAACAACAACAUUUUAAUGCAACUUAAAAAAAAGUUAUUAUACAAAAAAAGAAAGAAAAAAAUACUGCAGGAUACAAAAUUACAAACCACAUACUAAAUUUGUUAGAUGGACACACAGACCCACACCCCAGCUAACUCUUUCCUUCAGUACAACGCAGUAUGACACAAGUACUAUCAUUCAUGGCACUAAAACUGAGACUUUAGGGAGGUUGAGACAUAAGUAGCAAAAUAUUCAAUGCAUAUUAAUUUCUUGUUCUUGAAACUUUUUGAACUUGAAUCAUUCAGUUAGUGCAUGCAUAACAUAUUAGAAGAUACAUAAUAACCCUACAGGUAGUUUAUUUGAGAUAUGUUUAGAAGAAAGAAUUCUUGAACGUGUGUAGAGUUGAUGGACUUUGCCGACUGACAGCGAAAAAAUCCAGCUUAAUGAUCUACACAAGUGAACAAAUGAAGUGUUUUUAAUACUGAACAAAACUGAGUAAAAUAUAAGCUGGAUAUUGUUUAAUCAUUCAUUUACGUGGAAGAUUUCUUGGCUGCAUUUUCCUUUUCCUCAAUCAAAAAAUGUUUACUCAAUCCCUUAGAAGAAUUUGCAAAGGCAAUGCUGUUUCAGUUUUCAACAUAAAUACAUAAAUGUGUUCUCUUUGUAUAUAGUGACAAUUUGAACACACAUGUAAUCCCACACGUUUUGUUUCCUUGUGUAUAACCCUAUCACAUGAUCUAGAAUUCUUUUUGUGGAAAAUAUUCUUAGUAAUUCAUCUUCUGUCUACCUUCUACAUAUUAUAGCACUGCCAUGAGAGCAGUUCAAUUUACGUAGCUCAGUUUUUCCAGAGACUUCAUGUGGAUAUUUUGUCUGUGGUCAAGUGGGACUUUUAUCUUUAUCAUUUGCCGGUAUUUCAAAUUGUUAUGAGCCCAUUCUCACUCAAGGUGUAUAUACGUAUAUCAUUUCCAACACACCUCACCAAGGGAGAUACAAAUAAAGACAAAGAAAGAAGUAAACUCUGCAUAAAAGACAAAAAACACUAAUUGGAAGUAUGCGACAUAAAUCCAAGUAUAACGCAACAU